CGAAAACGAUUCUGGUAUGCACUACCUGGGAAGGUGAACAAAAGAGGAGAGAUGGCAUCAGGAAGGUGAUCAUGGAGGGGUAACGACUAGCGUGGAUGACCUCUUUCCUCAUCUUUUUGCCAAACGACUUUUUUUAUUUCGUCCCUUUCCCUUUUUCGAAGAGAAAAAGGUUGCAGCCGUCAUUCACACAGGUAAUUGACAGGCCUCGGGAGUUGAAUCUUUGAUCGCUCCAUUUAAAGACCAGUGUUCCCGCUUUUUCUGGUUACGACAAAUAUAACAAGAAUCCUUGUAGGUAGCUCAGGAGCCCAAGCAGAAGCCAUUGCCCCGAAAGAAACUGAAGGGAGAGGGAAAAAGGAGAUUGGAGUCGAGACUUUGAGGAAGAGCAUGUUCCACUGUAAAAAAAGGCAGCACAUGAGCAGCGAUAAGGAAUAAUUUUCUUUUGCAUCAUUGGAUCGUUGGGAUGGGAAGAUCAGAGAACAGAAGGAAAGAACAAUACGAGUAAAAUAGUUACACAGCACCCGUCUUUUUUUUUUUUCCCACCAUUAUUCAGUAGUAGAUGAUUAGAGAGCAGGAAGAAAAGCCAUCCAUUCUUAUAUUUUUCUAUCACUCAAUCAGCGGAGGAAGUCAGACAACAUCAGGAAAGACCAAAAACAGCUACCCCUUUUUCUUUCCGCACCGCUGGAUCAACCAGAGUCGAUCAGUAGACCGAAAAACAAAGAGGAUCCAUUCUUUUCAGUCACUAUAUCAGUGGAAGAAGGGGAACACCAAAAACAACGGAGAUGACGACGAAGGCAGGAGAUGCAGUGGUUUUGGUGGUGGAGGAGGUGGGGGAGGAAGGUAUUGUCUCCAAACAGGGGAAGAAAAGCGGAGAACAACAGAGUUUGGAGUCUCCUUCCUUCUCCAUAUUCUCACAGUCACCACCAUCUCUCGGGAAUGCAAAAGGCAAAGAGGGCAUCCAUCCUCAGGCCCCUGAGCUUAGGCCCCCUCCCUUGCGACUGAUUUCCAGGGCGACGUUCCGGAAGCAGAAAUCUCGCUUCUUUGAGAUGAACCAUCCCGUCGACGAAACCACCGUGCUGAUGCGGACCCCCCAUACCAGUCAGGCUGCUCCGGCGACGGCAACGACUCCACAAAGGACUCCAAGAAGCGCCGGGGGGACUCCAAAAAGCGCCAGGGGGACUCCUGCCCUAGAAGAGGAGGACGACGAAGCUUACAAACCCGACGUGUUGGAGGAGAAAAGGAACCACAAGAUUACGGCUAGGAGAUUCCUCGAGUGGAUGGCUUUCAUACUCAUAACGGCUUCCUUGAUAUGCAGCUUAACAGUGCCACGCUUACAGAACUUCUCCGGUUGGGGUUUGGAGCUCUGGAAAUGGUGUUUGAUGGUGCUCGUCGUCCUAUCGGGGAGGUUGGUCUCCGGGUGGAUCGUCCGCUUGCUCGUCUUCAUGAUCGAGCGAAACUUCAUGCUCAGGACCAGACUGCUCUACUUCGUCUACGGCAUGCGGAAAAGCGUCCAAGUCAGUAUCUGGAUGGGCCUGGCUCUCCUCUCGUGGAGAUUGGUCUUCGACCACAGCAGCAACGGUGGAGGAAAGCCCCGCCGCCAACAGGUUCUGUCAUACGUUACACGGUCAUUGUCGGCCAUCUUGGUUGGAGCUCUGCUUUGGAUGGUGAAGACAAUAUUGGUCAAGGCGUUAGCCUCUUCUUUCCAUGUAAACGCUUAUUUUGAUCGGAUUCAGGACGCAGUGUUUCAUCAAUACGUGUUGGCGACGCUGGCGGGGCCGCCGCUAAUGGAGUUGCAGGAGAAGGUGGGCAGGUCGGAAAGUAGCGGGAAACUGAGCGUCAGGGUGGAGGGGAAGAAGGGGAAGGAUGUGGAUGUGAUCGAUGUGAAGAAGCUGCAAAGGAUACAGCAAGAUAAGGUCUCCGCCUGGACGAUGAAGACACUAGCCAAUGUAAUUAGCAAUUCAGGUUUGUCGACGAUCUCAGCGACGAUCGAUGACUCUGUAUCUACUGAGGAUGGGAACAACGACGGGCAGAUCAAUAGUGAGGCGGAGGCAAGAGCUGUUGCUUACACGAUUUUCAGGAAUGUUGCUAGGCCCGACUCCAAGUAUAUUGAUGAAGAAGACCUUCUGAGAUUCUUGAGCAAAGAAGAUGUGCAGAAAAUAUUUCCUCAGUUUGCUGGAGCAGCAGAGUUGGGAAAGGUUAAGAAGUCUGCUUUCAGAAAGUGGGUGGUUGACGCUUACCUUGAACGCAAAUCCUUGGCGCAUUCUCUAAAUGACACUAAAACUGCAGUGAAACAACUGCACAAACUCGCAAAUUGCAUGGUGAUCUUAGUUAACUUGGUGGUAUGGUUGCUGUUCAUGGGAUUCGCAACCAGCAAAGUCUUGCUCUUCAUUUCAUCCCAGCUGUUGCUGCUGGGUUUCAUGUUUGGGAACACCUGCAAGAUCAUAUUCGAGUCGAUCAUAUUCGUCUUUGUAAUGCAUCCAUUUGAUGUUGGCGAUAGGUGUGUCAUUGAUGGCGUGCAGAUGAUUGUAGAAGAAAUGAACAUUCUGAACACUAUCUUCUUGAGAUACGACAACGAGAAAAUCUACUAUCCGAAUGCUGUGCUCAUUACAAAGCCUAUCAGCAAUUUCUACAGGAGUCCAGAUAUGGGUGAUUCUGUUGAGUUCUCUAUUGAUGUCUCUACUCCAGUAGAGACCUUAGGUGCCCUCAAAGCCAGGAUUCAGAUGUACUUGGAAAGCAAGCCGCAACAUUGGCAUCCAAAGCACAGUGUGGUGGUGAAGGAGAUUGAGAAUGUUAACAAGAUGAAGUGUGCUCUGUAUGUGUUGCACACGAUGAACCAUCAGAAUUUCGUCGAGAAAAACCUUCGUCGCUCCGAUCUUGUCGUGGAGCUGAAGAAAAUUUUUGAAGAACUUGGUAUCAAGUAUCACUUGCUGCCUCAAGAAGUUCGUGUGGUUACACACGCACCAGCGGACGCAGGCCGCGGUUUUUAUUAGACUCAAAGUCGAUUAAGGAUCUUUGCUUUGAGUGUAUUUCUGUUAGAAUUUAUGUACAAGCAUCGUAUUUUUUUAUUUAUUUAGUUAAAAAAAGGGAAUGGUGUGACCAGUUUCUUUUAC